AUGAAUGGUCGCGGGAACGAAGCCCAGGAUGAUGUCGAGCUGAGCGACCUCGAGCAUGACGCUUUCCUGCCCGGCGCAAUACCAUCAAAGGCAAGAGUUGCCUCGCGCGGCGUCUUGAUAAGAUAUUUACCACCCAGGUUACGAGUCUUUCUGGAAAACAUCUCGAAAGUCAGGGUGGUUUUGGCUGUUGUGGUCCUGUUCGUUCUUGCGUUGUCGGUUGCAGUGUAUAGGCAUGGAGAUGAGCAGAUAGCGUACAAGAUUCCAGGGGAGUCGCUGGCGCUGCGAGCUGAGCUUGCUAAGAGCCUUGAUGGCACUGCGAUACCGGACUAUGUCUUGGAGUAUGCUCCGUAUGUAUUUAUGCACUCGGAGGAUCCAUACAAUCCAAGUGACAUGCAAAAGCACAUUGAGAACACCUUCCCAGCUAUCAACUCCACUGCUGUGUCUGAUGCGCCAAAACCGCUCAACCUGGACAACUUGAAUGAUUUGAACACGCUCGGCGGAGAGAAGAUCUUCCUCACUUCAACCGAAGGUCUUGUCAAGUACCCCGGGUUCUUGAAAGGCCAAUCGCCUGAUCCCAAGACCCUAGCAUCAACCGGCGCAAAAAGUACCGUCAUCAUAGUCGCCGACAAGGGCAAUGGCCUCGUCGAUGCUUUCUACAUGUAUUUCUACACCUUCAACGACGGGCCUUCUGCACUCGGCCACCAAGUCGGCAACCACCUAGGCGAUUGGGAACACAACAUGGUGCGCUUCCAAAACGGAACCCCGACCGCAGUCUGGUACUCCCAGCACGAAUUUGGCUUUGCAUUCACCUAUUCGGCUGUCCGCAAGAUCGGCAAGAGACCUGUCUCGUUCAGCGCAAAAGGCUCGCACGCCAAUUACGCAGUAGCCGGUAAUAUCGACCUCCACAGCACCAAUGGCUUUAUCCCAGCACACAUAGCAUAUGACCGUACGCAGCAAGGCAAGCUGUGGGACCCGACACUCGAAGCGUAUUACUACACGCUCGACGUCACGGAGAAGAAGUUCACCGCGGCAAUCGAAGGCACGCCGGUCAACUAUCUGUACUUUGAGGGGCACUGGGGCGACGAUCGCUUGCCGCUGGAGAGCGAGGGGCAGGAGGAGUUCCAUGGGUAUAUCAAAUGGGUGGGGGGCCCAAAAGGGCCGUUGGAUAAAUACCUCGAUAGGCUGGAUGUGUGCCUGCCGACGCGGGAGUGCGUUGUGAGAGAUUCGAUAUAA